AUGGAGUUGGGUGGGGGUAGCGAGUCUAGUGGACAGCCGACCGACUGGUCGAGGAGUUAUCAUGGACUUUCGGUGCAGCCGUUUGAGGAGAAGGUGGCAGACGUAUUGCUUGCGCCUGUGGAUCCCCUGGACGUUGAGAUGAAGCCUGAUGGGAUGAUUUACCUGCCCGAGAUCAAGUACCGUAGGGUGUUGAACAAAGCGUUCGGGCCUGGUGGAUGGGGCCUCGCGCCUCGUAGCGAAACGAACGUAGGCCCUAAAAUCGUCAGUAGAGAAUACGCUCUAGUCUGUCUUGGCCGUCUCGUCGCCAUCGCCCGUGGUGAGCAAGAAUACUUCGACCCAUCCGGCAUCCCAACAGCGACAGAAGCAUGCAAAUCCAAUGCGCUCAUGCGGUGUUGUAAAGAUUUGGGUGUCGCAAGCGAGCUUUGGGACCCAAGGUUCAUAAGGGAGUUUAAGGCGAAGUAUUGUGUGGAGGUGUUUGCGGAGCAUUUGCCCACGAAGAAAAAGCGCAAGAUGUGGCGGAGAAAGGACCAGCCGAAGUUCUCGUAUCCUUUCCAGGAGUAG